AUGAAUGUAUCGUUUUGUUUGCAGAAAAAUAGAGAAAAUGGCCGGAAGACAAAAGUCGGAGGAAGCAAGAAGCCGAAAUUUCGAAAAACUCUAGAAGAAGCAUUGCUUCUGUACUUUCAAAAGGGUGCCAGAAAAUCUCAAUUUUCCUGUCUGUCGACUGGGUACUCCGGAAAAAUGCAACUGAGAAUGAGGAAGGAAAAAGUUCUGGAAAAUUACUUCGAAACAACAAUCAACAUCAUCUUCUGCUCAUCGUCAUCGACUGAGGCAAAAAUGGUCAAAACGAGAAGCUCCGAUGCCGUUUCAGCCAGUUCGACAACAGCGGAAGAGAAUAAUAUAAAUUUUAAUUAA